AUGGAGAGUGACUGUCGGAUCCCUGUUGUCUGUUGUCGACCCCGAGUCCUCCUCCUCCAUGCCCUGUUCUGGGGCCUCGUCUCCUUAAGAGUAUUUGGAGCAGCUCUGCUGAGUGAAGAGAAAACAACAGCAGUGAAGCCCGUGGCCACCCCCUGCUGGCUGUUGGAAGAGUUCAUAGUGUUGGACGAGUGUGUCCGCUGCAGCGACUUCAACUCUAGGUCACAGUUGGCCUGCAGGCAGACGGGAUAUGCCGAGAAGGUCAACUGCACCAAGUCCAGCAGAGAAGAGUACAAGAGCUGCCGCUCUGCUCUGAUGGAGGAGCAUCUCUUCUGGAAGUUCGAGGCAGCCAUGUUGGCUCUGAUGGCGGUGUUCGCCGUCCUGGUGGUGGCCCGGCAGCGCUGGCUAGACCGCCUGGCCUCCGAAAAGGUCCGCCGCCAGAUAGAGUCCAUCUAG